AUGGCGGGCCCAGUCAGUGCCGCUUCAGCAGAGCUGGGUGAUGUGUCCACCUUCGAGAUCGAGUGCAAGAACACCUUCCUACACAUUAGUGAGCGACCUUCUCGAGACGGCCGCGCUGGCCAAGCAGUUAGCCGCAGCCGUAGUUGGACCCCCUCCUCCGCGGGAAGCAGUCCAGAAAAAUCCUCUGAACCUUCGGUUUCUAGUCUAAUUCGGCACUUUGUCCCAAACUUGGAGGAAACACCGCCGCCUUCGCAUCAGCUCUUCAAUCAUGUUGCCAGCUCAACUAGCCAAACCUCGCGCUCAAGUGGCCGGGCCAGAAGCGAUUUCAGUCACGGCUCUGCUGACUUUGAAGAGCAUGCAGCGAUACGGGCUGAGGUUGCUAGCAUGAUUGAUUGCCCUUCCGUUGGAUCACGGCUACACUUCGAAGGAAAGUGUCAACCGUGCCGCUUCAUAGAUCAUCCAGACGGUUGUCGGAAUGGCUAUGAUUGCAACUUCUGCCAUUUCCGAGAUCAUGAGGCAACCAGCGCAAAGACCCACCGGCCCUCCAAAGGAGUCCGAUCAGGGUACAAGAGAAGCGUCAAUCAGGUCAUCCAAUCCGACAUGCCGGAGGAGCAGAAGCUCGAAGCAUACAAAAAACUGGCAGAACGCAGCCCGUACAUGCGGUGUCUGCUCCGAGCGGUGGUGCCUAACAUCGAUGACUUGUUAGAGGAGCACGGCGGCGAGGCGUCAAGCUCCGGCAUCGACCAGCCUCGUGCUCCUGGCUUGCAGCCCAGCAGUUCCGUACCGCGAACGCCUGGUCAGCAGAGCGGACCUGGAGGGUCCAAGAUCUCCCUGUGA